GUCAGAGUCUGAAACAACAGCAGGGCUGUGAUCCUUCUGAAGGCUCUAGAGGAUAAUCUGUUCCUUGCUUUUUCUAGCUCCUAGCGGCCAUGCCCGUCCCUUCGUCCAUCCGGGUCUCUGCUUCCAGCCUCAUUUUCUCCAGCCCCGACCCUCCUGGCCUCCCUAUGACGAGGACCCCUGUGAUGACAUCAGCCCACAGGAUGACCUCACGAUCAGAAUGACGUCUGCAAAAUCCCUUCUGCCGGGCAUUGCUGUGUCCUUGGCCCCAUGGAACCCAUGAGACAGUCCCCCUCCCCCUGCUCAUCAAGACCCUCCAGCCCCAGGACCCCACCCUACGAGACGCUUGGCUAUGUGGGCAUUGAUGCCGUGCUGGACCAACUGAAGAUCAAGGCCAUGAAGAUGGGGUUUGAGUUCAACAUCAUGGUAGUGGGGCAGAGCGGGCUGGGCAAGUCCACAAUGGUGAACACCCUCUUCAAGUCCAAGAUAUGGAAGUCUACCGCGCUGGACCUGGAGAGGCCUAUACCCCAGACGCUGAAGCUGCAGUCGGUGACACACAUCAUCGAGGAGAAGGGCGUGAAGCUCAAGCUGACCGUGACCGAUACGCCCGGCUUCGGGGACCAGAUCAACAAUGACAAGUGCUGGGACCCCAUCCUCGGCUACAUCAACCAACAGUAUGAGCAGUAUCUGCAGGAGGAGAUCCUCAUCACCCGCCAACGUCACAUCCCCGACACCCGGGUGCACUGCUGCGUGUACUUCGUGCCGCCCACGGGGCACUGCCUGCGGCCCCUGGACAUUGAAUUCUUACAGCGGCUGUCCCAGACUGUGAACGUGGUGCCCGUGAUUGCCCGGGCUGACAGCCUGACCAUUGAGGAGCGAGAGAGCUUCAGGCGCAGGAUCCAGCACAACCUGAGGACCCACUGCAUCGAGGUGUACCCACAGAAAUGCUUCGAUGAGGACAUCAACGACAGGAUCCUCAACAGCAAGAUCCGGGACCGGAUCCCCUUUGCUGUGGUCGGGGCUGACCGAGAGCACCUGGUGAAUGGGAGGUGUGUCCUGGGCCGGAAGACCAAGUGGGGCAUCAUUGAAGUGGAGAACCUGGCGCACUGUGAGUUUCCCCUCCUGAGAGACCUGCUCAUCCGCUCCCACCUCCAAGACCUAAAGGACAUCACCCACAAUGUCCACUAUGAGAACUACCGUGUCUGCAGACUGAAUGAGAGCCACCAGCUGCCUCGCGGGCCUGGUUGGGUGAACCUGGCCCCGACCCUUGGAGGGCCCCCGGCCACCCCCCGGCCAUCAAAGGUGUGCCAGCAGGCCCAGGAUGACUCUGAAGAUGACGAGGAGUGCUGAGCACCAGGGCGCCCGGGCCUCGGGGCUCCCAGUGUCCUCGGCAGCCCCCAACACAAGUCUAUGUAUUAGAGCAUGUAUUAAAGGUGGACAUUGCUUUUUAUGAAAAGCUGUGCUUGGAAAACAAAAGGCAUCCUUUUAGAUGAUUUCUUUGAGCUAU